ACCAAUUUGUAUGAAAAAGUCGGUGCUCGAGUCACGUUGAAUUAUUUACAGUUUUAAGAUCUAAAAACAAUUUUGUGAUAUUAUUUGAGACGUUAUUUCAACGUUCGGCAUAAUAUAAUGGAAUCUACUAUUAAGAUCAAGCAAGAACCCGGACUGAAAGCAAGGGGAAAUGCCACAAUUGCAGCGGCGACAGCACAACCUGCGAUCACGGUGAAAUCAGAACGCCUUUCAUCCUUUCGCGUUCCCAGAGAUCUUACUCUUGGGGGACUAACAAAUGGGCGUGUCACGAAACCGGUAACCAAUAAAAAGGUGUACACACCAAAUUUGAACGCGGUUAGGAACAAAGAUACUAAUGUUAAGACUGCCUCCACCGGAGCCAAGCAUCGAGUAAAGGCAGAGCGCAAUAAGGACACCAAAGGUGGUGCUAAGAACAAGGGUUCUCUUAUCCAAACAGCUGGUAUCUUUUCCGAGGGUCUUGCCCAGCGGACGCUGCAACGGUCCAAAUACGAAAAAUACAACAAUUCAUCUAAGGAACCUGGGGAAGCAAUCCGCAGACCAGUUUAUCGGACUGAAGUUAAGGUAGAUCCUGAAGAGGAACGUAAGCGAAUCUCCGAUCUGUUUGGUGAGUUGGAGAACGAGGAGAUGACCCCGGAGGAAACAAAAAAGUACGAAAGUGGUGCCAACAUGCCUGUGAAAUUGGAAAACCUGGACUACAAACUUCGACCCGACACGGUCAAAGCAGAGGUCAAAGAUGAACUGAUGUCAAAAACCGAAGCAAGCCAAUUGCUUGAUUCGAUCAAAGCAAGCGGCACACAAAAUAACUUCUUCCUGUUACAAUUGCCGGAUGCGUUACCCGGCAGAACUGACAGUGAAGUUCGUAAGACUGAUGCUUCCUCCAGCCAGCAGCAGGAGACGGACAACGUAAGCGAAUCGCCUCGCUGCACGGUCCGCGAACUUGAAGAGGGAUACGUCGGAAAAUUGUUGCAAUAUCGGUCCGGUAAAGUGAAGCUUAUCCUUGGGAAAAUGGUAUUUGAUCUAACCCUAGGUAUGGACAGCGGUUUCUUACAAGAAUUGGUAUCGAUUAACACAAAUCCUUCUGAACGGAGCGGGAACAUCAUUAACUUAGCAACAAUUAAGGCAAAACUAAAUGCAUCACCGGAUUGGGAAUAUCUUUUUAAUAAAUAA